ACAAACCAGCAAAAAUCAGAAUGUUAGUAAACACGCGCCGGCUAUUCGGCGAUUACGUUAGCGUUCGCCUGGCGCAGUGACAGGACGGUGACUCAACAUGCUGGUGCUGGCCCUCUUGGUACCAGCUCUGGUGACUGCUGAGUACCUGUCAGACACAAACUAUACGAUCAAACAAACAGAUUCCUGUCCCGAUGUUGGCUACUAUUUCAAACGAGAACUACCGUCAAAUUAUCUGGAUCCUGGACCAUGCUUCCUCUGCUUCUGUCAGGGUAAUGGCACGGCUGCAUGUUGGCGAAGAGAGAAUAGAAGAUGUGAUGCUGAAAGCUACCACUAUCAUGGGAUCGGAAAGCGGGGCACAAGGGUGCGCCGUGGUCUUGCCUUAGGAGACAUAUUCUUUCGUGAUGCGACCAGGGACCUUUUCAACAAGCGAUUACCGGAGCAAUGCAAGCCGUAUGAAUCCAGCUUCAGCGAUGGCUGUCCUCCAGUUGAUUGGUGCAUCGGUUGUACCGUCUGUGACUGCGACGCCAACGGGCACUGGGACUGCAGGGUAUUGAGCUAUUGUCCUGAACGUACUACAAAGAAACCCAAGAAACGAGGUGGCUCAUUCCGAAGAACUGUCAUCAGGAAAAUGCCCAUAAAAACCACUCCUGUAACCACAGUUAAGCCAAAAACUAGAAAGCCAACAACAAAGAAACCAGCUCCAAAUAAACCAGUGACCAAAAAACCUUCGAUUAAAAAACUUCAAACCACAAAAAGACGAAAUAUUAACCGACUAAAACGUCAGCCGCCUAAUAACGCCAAAUUACAGAAAACCAAUAAAUUUGUCGCGCCGCAGAAACCUGUAAAGAAAAUCAUCAAAAACAACUCAGUCAAUACAAAACCAACUGGCAGAGACACUAAGUCCUCCACAAAUCCACAAAUAACGUUAUCAAGUACAUCACAAUUCGCUCAGGAAGCUAUCAGAAAAGUCUUAGAAGCCAUGCAACAUUUUAUAAGAAAUGACGUGAAGAAAGGCAAUUCAUCACUGAUACUCAAAGCGAUAGAAGCAGAACGAAUUGAAGCUGAUAUUAACAAAGACAAAACACUGACAAGACACAAACGUGAAGUGGGAAAGACUGUGGACGUUACGGAGUCUUUGGGUUUCAGUACAGAUAUGACCACUAAUAUGGAAAAUGUUUCUCAAAUAGAGAGUUUGUUAAAUGCAAGUACCCAUGUUAUAACAGAAGAAGCAUUACUAAUAUCGACACAUUCACCAUACUACUCCUACUAUCUUGAAAAUAAUAGUCAAACCAUUAACGAAACAGCUGAAAUUCUCAAUAACAAUGAGACGAAAAUAAAUCUGACUGCAGUAUUCUAUAAUGAAACAAAGCCGCGUACUUUCAGAAAUCAGUCUCUAGAAUCUAUGGAUGAUGCUUUACGUAAUGCUAAUGAUUUAAAAUUCAAAGAUUGGCCACAAAUUAAAUUUUAUAAAGGCAACAGAAAACUAUUGAAAUUGGAAUUAAUAAAAUUUGACAAUUUCGGUAAUAAUUCUAAUAAAAGUAAAGCAAAUUAUACCGAUGCGAAUACCAAUAAAAGAAAGGUAACAAAGAAAUUUGUGAGAAGAAUUAAGGAGAAGAAAAAUAAUAUUAAAAAAGUAAUAAAGACAUCGAAGAACAAAAGACACGAAACACAAAUUACUGCUAUAGACAAAAUAAAAAAUCUUCAAAAUAAAUUUAAAAGCAUUUUGAAUCACAUCACUAGUAAUGCAUCAACUGUUAAACCGAAAUUAAAGAAACAUGUAUUUAUUAAACAAAUAAAAAGAUUAUUCAAUAAAAUUAUAUCAAAAAAAGUAAAAAAAUAUGAUGAAAGAGGUAAUACUUUAAAAAUAAUAUGCCAAGAGUUUGGACCUUGCAACUUUGACAAAAACCAGAAAAGACUAGUAAAUAUAAAAGUGAUACAACUUAACAUAGAAAUAGCUAAUAUAUUAAGGACAAUCGAGAUUAUUAAAGGUCUUUUAAAACUGAUGAAUAUUCCAAAUAAAACAACAAAUUCAAAAACUAAAGUUAAUGAUUUUCACACAUUAAACUUAAUACUAAAUGGUAAUAUAGACGUCGCUGAUUACAAUCUGACGCAAACAGAAAAAACGCAGGUAGAUUAUAUUAAAAUGAAUACGCAGCUGUUCGUAAAAUCUGUCGGCAAAUUUGCAAAAAUAUUACAAGAUAUUAUUGUUAUUGUAAGAAAAAAUAAACAACAACCUACCGAAACAAAUAAGGCGAUAGUUAAGCCCUGGAACAAAGUAAUCAAUGAUAGAUACAAGAAAAACAAAGAUGAGAAUAUGUUUGAUGCAUUCAAAGGCUUAUUACGAGCAUACGACUUAAUUCACAAUUCGUUUGUCAAGAAAAUGUACAAGAUCAUAAAAACAAUUGAAAAUGUGAACAAAAAACAAAGCGUCAAACGUAAACUAUCGACCUUUGACAAUUUACCAAGAGUCCGAAAUGUGAAUAAAACUAAUAAUAUCAGUGAGAUUUUAGAGAAGCUCACCGGUUUGGAAGGUAGAAUAAAACUAAGGAGUAAAAGAGAUGUGAGAAGAGACGAUGCAGUGGAAUACUUGUUAACGGUAAUGGAGUUCUUGUUGAAGCAGAAUUACCGUUUAGAUUCGAAUCCAGCGGACGACGGUAUAGAUUUGCUUCUAGAUGCUAUUAGAAAUACGCCGGAUAUAAAAACGACAAAAAAGAAGGUUCUCGAAGACGUUUCUAUUGACACUAAUGCGUUUCCUAAUAGUGUAAAACUUGAUAAACUUACAGAAGAUAGCGUAUUGAAAUCAGAAACAGAUUCUAAAUACGUGGAAAGCGAAGAGAAAAAAACGAUUGUUUCUACGACCGAUAAUGUAGAAGCUAGUGAAGAUGACGACGACAGGGACUAUGACGAUAAAUAUGUAUUUAACAGGAGAGUAAAAAAGGUAAAAAAUGAUACCAAAAUUGCAUCUACAACCGAAAAUACAAUUCACACAACCAACAGUAUAAGGUUAAAUCCAGAUUCUUCUAAACUUCAAAUGAUUAAUUUUGAAAUUAGUAAUAAUGAUGAUCAAAAAUAUGAUGUGUACAUAGCCGAUAAAGAUGUUAUAUUUAAUACAUCUACGGAAAUAACUACAAGUGAUCAAGGAAUAAGAAAAGCAGCUUCUGACGACGAAAUUAUUGAUGCCACUCAAAGUAUUAAUAUGUCAAAACUAGAUUGGUUCGGUGACAAUGACAAAGAAAUCAGAGAAGUUAGGAGUGAAAAAAAUAAAAUUGAAAGCUCUACUAGUACAGACACUCCAGUAUCUACUCGAUCCACGAAGGUAGUAGAAGACAAUGUAAGUGGAAUAACAAAAGAGAUAAAGGAAGAAGAGAAGAAAACGAAAAGCAUUGAAGAGAUAAUGAUUAAAAAGCAAAUGGAAUUAUUAAAUUCUUUAGAUUACGAAACGGAAAGAAUUUUAACAGACACUUCAGAGUCGAAAGAUGAAGAAAAGUAUUCGGAAAUUAAUUCGUACUUCGUUUAAAUCUUGUAUCCACUUGGGGGCGUAUUGUGAACGAACGGGUUGCUACUAUAUUGCCACCUGCUGUUGUCUAGAGUUUCAGCUUGAAAGGUAGAAAGAUGCCCUCGCAUUUCUAAAACUACAGACGCACUAUGAUUUUUUAUAUCGACAAUUUGAUACGCCGUAAUCAUCUUGGCCACUCGAUUAAAAUGUUUAACAUUAUUUAAGGUACAUACAUACACCCGCAGAGUAAAAUUCUCAGUGGAUGAUUUUAUAACACGAAGGUCUAUUGUUAUUGCAGUGUUAUUGCAAUGUUAUUGCAAUUAGUUGUAGGAAACUUAGCCAUAAAUGAAUAUUCUAGUACGGAGCAGAGAGUAUUUAAUGUCUCAAAUCACUAGUUGAAUUCAAAAGUACGUAAGACAUAUUCUGAUGUGGAUCAAGACUGAGAGGUGCAUACCUACUCAAUACUAGUGAAUAACUCAUACUAGUGAAUUCAGUUACCGUGACGUAGGAAAGUAGAGACAUAGAUAGCUAAUAAUUUAAUAGUUAAUUUAUAUAUAAUACUGUAAAUAUACGGAUUAAAUUUAGUUCCAAAUUAAAAUAAUGCAAAUGUA